GCACGACGAGACGAGAUCGCCAUGAACUUCAUCAGAGAGAUUGAUGACACCGUGUGUGGAGGAGAACUGAGCAAGAAGUGUGAAGCGGCUGGUGGAGUAACUCUCACUUGGAACGUACGCCUGCAGACCACAGCCGGUCGUGCAACAUGGAAGAAGACAAAGACCGACAUCCACCGUGCGAAUAUCGAGCUCUCCCCAAAAGUCAUCGACUCCGAAGAACGACUACACACAACCAUCGCACACGAAAUGUGCCAUAUCGCAACGUGGAUCAUCACCGGAGGUAAACAACCGUCACACGGAGCGGCGUUCAAAUCAUGGGGUGCUAAAGUCAUGGCCGCCUUUCCGGACGUCGAGGUGUCCACCACGCACACCUUCGAAAUUACCUAUAAAUACCGCUGGACAUGUCAGAAUGUCGCGUGUGCCUAUGAAUAUGGCCGGCAAUCCAAGACUAUAGAUCCCACAAAGACGUGUUGUGGACGUUGU